CUCAGGAUUCACAACGAACACGACCUUAGCAGGAGACCAUGCCAAGCUUCAACAGCACCGCUGUGCAUACGGAGAGCAUCAUCGACGCAGCGCCUGAGCGAGUUCGGGCCGUUUUACUUGACUUCGACAAGCUCUCAACAUGGAGCAAUAGGCAGAAGCUACUCAUCAGCGUCCAGACUCAACGCGCUGGCACCGAGGAUGUGAUUCCGGGGGUGGAGGCUCAAAUAGGCGAUGCAGCGGUGAUUCACUCGGCACAGGCAGGGCACGCGAGGGCUGAAGUGUUUGUCAAUACGCCCGAGAAGUUUGGCUACUCAGGAACAUUUGGUGGCUGCACAGCGCACCACUGGUGGGAGAUCCUAGCUCAAGGCCCAGACCGCACCCUUCUACGGCACUGCGAAUCCUAUGACGGCGGGGUGGCCAUCUUGUUCUGGUGGCCUUCACCGGUGAGAUGGUUCGUGCAGAACUUGUUCUCAGGGUUUGAUGCUGAUCUGAAGGAUGCGGUUGAGAAGGCGCCGCGGAAGGGUAAUGACUAACAUAUUCCAACGGAUUCGUCUUACGACUGGAACAUGAACCAUCGGUAGGCUGCCUAUUCAGAAUGCA